UCCAACGGCUGCCUGCAGUGCAGCACUCUUCGGUUUUCUCGCCCAUCUUCAAUUGAUUUCCGCCACUAUUUUUCUUUCGUUCGCAACCAUGAGCUAUAUACAUCACCCCUACUCGUUCGCAGUCCCUGCGGGGAUGCCAUUGGAGCAGACCGUCACCUAUGAGGCCCCAAUGCCACAUCCGGCUAUGGCAAACACAAUGGAUGGUUACAUCUAUGCACACCCCCCGUUCGAGAUGGCGGAGUUCUACCCGCAGCCCACGGUGAUGGAGGACUAUGAAGAAUACGCAGAGAACUUGUCACGGCCGCGUUUAACCAAAGAGCAGGUGGAUACACUGGAAGCUCAGUUUCAGGCCCACCCGAAGCCAAACAGCAACGUCAAGCGGCAACUAGCAUUGCAAACCAAUUUGACCCUGCCCAGAGUUGCGAAUUGGUUCCAGAACCGCCGGGCAAAGGCCAAACAACAGAAACGGCAGGAGGAGUUUGAGAGGAUGCAAAGAGACGCCAGUGAAAAAGCCAGUCAGGAUAAGACAGAAUCCAGAGAUGACUCCAGCGACUCGACAGAGACUCAGGAAAAGCAGGAAGAGGAGGAAGAACACGAUGCUGGGAAACAGCUGACACCCAUGCAGACGCCAGCGCGCACGGGCGAUGAAUCAAAACUUAGCGGCAGCGGUUCCGCACGGGCAAGACACCAGAAGACAAAGAGUGAGGUCACAAGAGAAGCGACGUUUGCUUCAUUGCAAAGAGCGCUCAAUGCAGCUGUGGCGGCUCGGGGCCAGUACGCAGAUGGAACCAUCCAGCGACGAGGGUCCGAUAUCGAAGCCUCCAUCCACAACUCGAGCGCAUUUGCGUCCGCUGAUAAGAGUCAGGACACACCGAAUCCGUCUUUUCCACAGUGGGAGAGCAGCAGAGAUUCGUCGAUGUCUUGGGGUGCUUCCCAGAGCCCCGAGGAGACCUUUGGUUUUGGCAGCUUGAACGCGGCCCAUAACCUCCACUCUACGGAGGGCGCCCUGAACGUUCCUCAGUUGGAAAGUCCACCGAAUCAGAGCACUGUUACUGAGGACAUGUUUGGUGAGGUACAGUUUGGUCAACAGGCCGCUGAAUGGGGAAGGCGUAUGCAGACUCCUACGGAUGCGAUUCGUCAUCACGCCAGUUCAGACCAACUAUACAACUCGAUGCAGUUUUCAACUCUUCAGGCCUCUGACAUGGCAUCAUGUCGACGUGGUUCCUCCUCAGAGGAGCUUGCUGAUUCUUUCGGUAAUAUUGGCAUCAAUACUAUUCGACACUCCCGAAGCAUGCAGCAACUCCCUCAUCGAACGGAUGGCACCACCUGGAGACACCCAGAAAAGGAACUGGAUAUCGCUGCGCGAAGGAAGCGCCCGAGGCCAGCUGCCAUUGGCACAGGUUCAUCCCGAUCCUUGGUUGGGCCCCCUUCCAUGUCGCCUACGAGAAGAAUCCCCAGCUUUGGUACCGGUCAUCAUGUUAUGAGACAUGCCAAAUCACAUCAGAAUCUUGGUUCUCGAGGGUAUGCCGGUGUCCGGAAAUUCUCCGCUGCUCAGCGCUCUCCACUUGGGAUCUCGAACUUUGCAGAAGCUGGGGUCUUCAAUUCUGCUAAUGUGGAAAUGGGUUCGAUGCUGCCACCUUCUACGUCUUCCAGCUCGUUGGCACCACCUACGCCUCUGACUCCUGAAGACUUGCAACACUUGCUUCCAUCCACCCCGAACGAGAGCAAGUUCUGCGCAAGCGCUCAGCACGAUCAGAACCAUCUAUUCCCAACCACGCAGCCAAUGCAGAUCAAUAUUGCGUCGCCUCCUUCUACGCCCAUGACGGUGGAUGUGUUCUCCCAAAUGCAGUAUCAGAACAUGGCGCCGCCAAUGUCGGCACCUGCUCAUUAUACUACCUUCCCGGAGUGCUCGCCCUGUUCUGGUGCGCCUUUAACAGCGAGAAGCUGGGCUGAUGGGGCUCCCAUUCCAUCGCCAGACAACUCCUCGUUUCAAUCGGGCAUCCACAUGCCCCAACCAACUCAUAUUUCGCCGAUGGCUUAUGAGCAGUCUCUGCAACCUUGCAGCGAUGCAGAUAACUGGCCGCUGUCAGAAUCUGCGCCGAUGCUCAGUCCGAUUAAGAGCUCCAACACGCCACCUUCAGCCAUGUCGGACCGUAAGGCAACAGAAUUCCUCAUCCAGGAAUUUCCAAAGCAGCAAGAAGCCCAUCGCUUCGUCGCGCAGCAGUUGCCCCAGCAGAAACACAAAAGUUACACGUUCGCCAAUCGAACACCCAGCGACUUCAAUCACGAACUUCCCCUUGGGAAUGGUCUUUUGCAUGAUGGCGUCCAUGCGAGGCCAAUGUAGCAAUAUUCAGGAUUUAUGUGUUCCUAUAUAUGAGCUGUGGCAGUAUUCUGCCUCCGAUGUGAUUUACAGGUUUUCUUUCUUUCGCUUCCCUUGGCUACUUCUAAGAUAUACCCGCCUUUUUGG